AUGGCGACGAGUUCUACAGCUGCUACGGCUACAAAAGGACCCAAGCUAAAAGUUUUACCCUUCGAUCCUCACGGAGAUCGGUUAGACCUGGGGAAACGAUGGGAAAAGUGGUUCGAACGAUUUGAGAGGGACCUCAAGUAUAACGGAUGUGACCCUAGUAAAACACCAGAAAUAGCCAAAAUGGCGCUGUUAAUAUACGCAGGCACCGAGGUGGAAGACCUGCACGACACCCUGCCAGAACCAGGCAGACCAGAAGGCACAGAGGAAGAAAACUGGACCGCGUAUGAGCAAUCUAAAACCAAAUUGAAAAUACAUUUUUCACCAAAACAGUGCAACGACUUUGCUAUCUUUGAAUUACUCCGAAUGAAAAUCGAAUCGUCAGAAAGUAUUACAAGUUAUGCGAUGAGGCUGCGUAAAGCAGCGAGCAAGUGCGAUUUUACAAAUUGGUCGGCGGAGAAAAUGAUCAAAAGCCUGAUCAUCAGCAAUAUGCAAGAUGACACCCUUCGCCUAAAAUUUUUACAGAAGGACAGAACACUGGACCAAAUCUUAGAUAUCGCUAGAAAGAAGGAAGAUGCUGUGGCCCGAAGUAAAGUAAUAGACAGGGACUCGCGACAGGUAGUCAACAAGGUGGGUGCCAAACGAAAUCAACCGUUACAACAGAAGGAGACCACAGACCAGUGCAAUCGGUGUGGACACGAGAACCAUUUCUCUGCUUCGGAGUGCCCAGCCAUAUCCAGAAUCUGCAAUUACUGUAAAAAGAAAGGACACUAUGCUAGCAAGUGCUUCAAGAAACAAAAGGAAGCAGGAAUCAAACGCAUCGAAGCAGAACCCCAAACUGACACCGGAACCGACACCAACUCCGACACUGAUGAGUACGACACAGCCAAGAUCGAAUUAGUUAACAAUCUUGGGAUGAGGGAAAAGCCAUCGCUGAUGAGAGUCCGCACUAACGACCAAGAUAUUCUGUGGCAGCCGGAUACCGGGACCCAAAAAGACGUCUGGGAUGAGGCACACUUCCGCAGCUUUAAAGAAAAGACUCGGGGGGAAGUAAAGUUGACACCGACAAACAUCAAGCUAUUUGCAUAUGGGGGCAAGACACCACUGGCGGUCAUCGGUUCAUUCAAGGCAGUGCUGACAGCUGGGGAUCGGACAGUCGACACUGAGAUAUAUGUGACAUCUGAACCAUCCGCCUAUCCACUACUUUCCGAACAGUCAGCCAAACAGCUCCAAUUGAUCCGGUAUAAUGAGAAGUUCCUAGUAAAGCGAGUGUCUGAGCCCUGCAAGAAAGUUUUGGCAAUGACUAGGCGCCAAAAGAUAGCCGACAUGAUUAUGGAUAACCCCGAGGUGUUCACGGGUAAGAUCGGCAAAGCCAAAACGAACGAGGUGUCCCUGAUGAUCGAUGACAGUGUCACACCAGUAGUCCAGAAACAGAGACGGAUACCAGUCAAUCUCUCAGAACGGGCAGAAAGCAAGAUCCAAGACCUCCUGGACCAAGACAUCAUAGAACCAGUUCCAGAUAACCAGCCACGCAGUUGGGUCAGCCCUCCGGUGAUUGCUCCCAAACCAGAUUCCAACGACAUUCGUUUUUGCAUCGAUAUGCGCAUGGCCAACAAAGCCAUACAACGCCCGUAUACUCAGAUACCAACAAUGGCUGAUAUUGUAAACAAAUUUCAAGGAGCAGAACGCUUCACUAAACUGGACCUCAAAGAAGCAUACCACCAGUUUGUCCUCGACGAACAGUCGCGUAACAUCACCACUUUCUAUGGCCCUGAUGGCCUCUACCGCUACAAAAGGCUCAAUUAUGGAACCAAAUCUGCCCAGGAUAUCCUCCAGUUGGAGAUGCACAAGAUGCUGUCCGGUAUCCCAAGCCAGGUGAACAUAGCGGAUGAUAUCUUGAUUGGCGGGUCAGUCGAAGAGCAUGAUGCAGCCCUGCAAAAAGUCCUGUCAGCCUUAACGAGUAAUGGUAUCACCGUGAAUCCUGAUAAGUGUGUCUUUGAUGUAGAGGAGGUGCGAUUCGUCGGGCUGGUGUUCAACAAGCAGGGCAUAAAACCCGACCCAAAGAAUGUAAAGAAUCUACAAGAUGCAAGUCAACCCACAAGUAAAGUGGAGCUGCGCUCCUUCCUCGGGAUGGCAGGGUUCAGCGAACGUUUCAUUCCGAACUUCGCGAGUAUUGUCCACCCUCUGCGGCAACAGCUUAAGGAGAACAUCUGGGCGUGGGACGAAAAGUGCCAAGAAGCAUUCACCAAGUUGCAAGCCUCGUUAAGCGAAUUUUCACUACUACACCAUUAUGUAAUCGGACAUGACACCGAACUAGUUGUAGACGCCAGUAUCACGGGUCUGGGGGCAGUUCUUGUCCAGCGAGCAUCGAAGACUGAGGCCUUCCACCCCGUUAUGUACAAGUCGCGCUCACUGAAAGAGGUUGAAACCAGAUACUCCGCGACAGAGCGAGAGGCACUAGCCGUGCGCUGGGCAUGCAGGAAGCUACGAAAGUAUUUGCUCGGUGCGCCAAAAUUCCGCAUCGUUACCGACCACCGUCCACUAACGUAUAUGUUCCACAAGUUAUGCGGGGAGCUACCCCCAAGAGUCGAAAACUUUGUUAUGGACGUGCAAGAGUUUGAGUACGAGAUCGUCUACCGUCCGGGAAAGACAUGCAUCGCCGAUUACAUGUCACGACAUCACGUUGAUCGAGCAGGAUCAAGUCGAGUGUUUGAGAUCGAAGCAGCAGCGGAGAGCGUUGUUGAGAGCGGGUGCUGCCACGCCCUUAAUGAACAAGGAACAGUGACGGUGGAGGACAUUAGGGCUGAAGGAGAAAGAUGCGAAGUCUACCAGAGACUUGUGAAAGCAAUCAAGUCGGGAAUAAGCGACAAUGACGAGGACCUAAAACCUUACAUGGUCCCGGAAAUCAAACACGACUUGAGUGUGGUCAACGGUGUGGUUUGUCGGGGAUCACGUGUUGUCGUCCCUAUCGCUCUACAAAAACGUGUUGUUGAAUUGAGCCACCGCGCACAUCAAGGAAUUAGCAAGGCAAAGCGUUUUCUACGGACAUUCUGCUGGUUCCCUGGGAUGGACAAGGCCGUCGAAAACCAGGUACGAGGAUGCUUACCGUGCCAAGCUGUCCAACCACCAAAUAACGACCAGCCAAUCAAACCGUCGGAGCUACCAAUUGGCCCAUGGCAGUAUGUGGAAAUGGACUUCCAAGGCCCGUACCCCAACGGCGAAUAUAUAUUCAUCAUGAUUGAUCGUUACAGUCGAUGGCCGGAGAUGGCCUGGUUCCGAAACGCACCUAAUGCGAACACCACAAUCGCAGCCAUGGAGAAGAUAUUCACCAACAAAGGUGUUCCAGCGGUAUGCCAGUCGGACAAUGGCUCGCCUUUCCAGUCAAAAGAGAUGGAACAGUUUGCCCAAAGCAGUGGAUACCGCCAUCACCACAUUACUCCGGAAUGGCCCAGAGCAAACGGAACAGUUGAGCGAUUUAAUCGGAGUAUGAAAGAAGCCCUGCAGGCAGCAACCCUGGAAGGGAAACCCCUGAGAGACGCAUCACAAAGAUUCCUGCAGAUGUACCGAUCUACCCCACACAGCGCGACUGGGGUCAGCCCGCAUGCUGCAUUGCAUGGCGGAAGAGAAAUGAGAACAGUACUUCCACUUAUGACACCAACCGACCAUGUCAUAGACCGUAUACGAGACCAACGAUACAAAGCCAAGAUGAGAAACGGACUGCGGCCACAUAAACUUCGGGUAGGUGACAGUGUUAUUGUGAAGCAGACGAAAGUCAACAAGCUGACGCCGACAUUCAACCCUACACCUCUGAGAAUCACCGAGGUUCAAGGCUCGAGAAUAACUGCACGGGAGAUAAACGGCACGUGGACCAUCACGAGGGACGCGUCGUACUUCCGGAAGAUUGCAUCCGAUACGCGGGCAGAAAACGAAGAUGACCAGGACGCAUCAGACGAGAGUGACGGAGAGACGGAGAACGAAAACAGGGGGAACCAACAGGAAACGCCGGAUGAAAGCACUGAGAAAGGGCAAAGACCACGACGGACAACACGGAGGCCAAGUUAUUUAGAAGACUACGAAACUUAA